GCAAGGCUGGUUUCUUUGUAUUUUGACACAAAAAGGUAUCAAGAAGCAUUGCAGUUAGGAUCACAGCUUUUGCGGGAGUUGAAGAAGAUGGAUGACAAGGCCUUGUUGGUGGAAGUGCAGCUAUUAGAGAGCAAAACGUACCAUGCUUUGAGCAAUCUGCCAAAAGCCAGAGCAGCAUUAACCUCUGCCCGAACCACAGCCAAUGCAAUCUAUUGUCCACCCAAAUUGCAGGCAGCACUGGAUAUGCAAUCAGGUAUUAUCCAUGCAGCAGAAGAAAAGGACUGGAAGACAGCAUAUUCUUAUUUUUAUGAGGCAUUCGAAGGUUAUGAUUCUAUUGACAGCCCCAAAGCCAUCACUUCAUUGAAGUAUAUGCUGCUAUGCAAGAUCAUGUUAAACUUACCUGAAGAUGUGCAAGCAUUGGUGAGUGGGAAGCUUGCACUGCGGUAUGCAGGCAGACAGACAGAAGCACUGAAGUGUGUAGCUCAAGCCAGUAAGAAUCGAUCAUUGGAUGAUUUCAAAGAGGCUCUGAAAGAUUAUAAAGUGGAACUCAGGGAUGACCCCAUCAUCAAUACACAUUUGGGAAAACUGUAUGAUAACUUAUUGGAACAAAACCUCAUUCGUGUUAUUGAGCCUUUCUCCAGAGUGCAGAUUGACCACAUAUCUAGCCUUAUCAAGUUAUCAAAGGCAGAUGUGGAAAGAAAGCUCUCUCAAAUGAUCCUGGACAAAAAAUUCCAUGGUGAGUCUUCCACAAUUUUCAAGAAUGAAGGAGUUUGCUUCUGUCCAUUGCAANCAGCGUUGAGGAACUUUAGAGUGGUGGUUUUGUGUGGGAGAGACGACGCUCUUCACCCUGGUGUUUUGUCAUUGAAUAAUGAAGUUAUAUAUAAGGUGUUGCUUGACAUACGAGUAGUGUAA